GAAAGUAUGAACCAACUAAAUUUAAGAACCUACCGAGCGCUAAGUAAACGGGUGUAAUACCGAAUGCGCGCAUCGAAUGUACUCAAAGGACCUUUCCGUUGGACAAAGGAUUAGCAGAUCAGCACCGAAAGUGACCGAAAGUAGUGUAUUUUUUGAAGCGUGUAUGGUGCGGCAAAUCUUUGUCAUUAACGGCGGUAAACUGCGGGAGAACUUGAAAGAAAGAAUAAGGUAGUGGAAAAUAUACUUAGUUUCAGGAAUGUUUUGUAUGCGUCAAUGGGUAUGUGUAUUGUACACAUUUUCGGAAUAGGGGGUCAGUGCGAAGGACAAGUAUUAUACAACCUCAAUAACUGAUUAACAUGAUUUUCGCUGAAAAGUCCGGAACGAAACGAACGAUAAGUACAUUCGCGAAUUAAAAUAUGUAAGAGAGGUUCGAAUCGCGAUUAUUUUACAAUGAUUGAUAAAAAAGAUAGAAGGAUAGAAGAAGUUACAGUUAUCAUACAAAGAACUAAAAUUGUUUGAUCUAAGGACAUAACCAGGACAAAUCAAAAUGUCUCAUCAUAGAGACAACAUACCAUGCCCUACUGAGACCAUCAUCUUUGUCACUCAUGUUGAAAGCGAUCGGGAGUACUUGAAGAUCUGGGGUCAACAGGAUACGCACACUGCUACCUGUGUGGAACGGUUCAUUUAUCCCUUGGUUGAACAAUUCUCUCAAGGUUAUGGCCGUCCAUCUAAAUCCAAUCCACCGAUGAUUGGUGCUUUGUGCUGUGGCAGAUUUAAAAAUGAUGGCUAUUAUCGCGCAAAAAUACUUGAUAUACGUCGUGAUGGCAUGAUAGUUGUGCAUUUUAUUGAUUAUGGCAAUAUAGAAAUCCUGCCACCAAAUGAUGUCCAUUUGUUGGGCAAUAUACCUGGAUCGGAACCUCUACAGACUUAUCCAGCAAUGGCAACUGAAUUUAUAUUACUUAAAAUAUUACCUGUAAAUGGUGUUUGGGAAAAUAGAAUAAUAGAGACAAUCAAGAAUAUCCUAUGUUACAAUGAAUAUAGAGCUCUUGUCAGUAAUGUAGCCAAUAACCGUUUCCUAGUAAAACUGUGGUAUAAUAAUGAAGAUUUCAGUGAUUUAUUGAUCAGACGCCACUUAGGUUUACCAGCAAAUGUGCAAGAUAUUUGCAGAAUGAAGUCUUUCUCACAACCGGAAAUGUUAUCAACACCAAUGUAUCAACAACAGAAUGAAGGCAAUAUGAAUAAUUUUACAACAAUGCCAAUGAUGCAAAAUGCAAAUAUAAAUCAGAAUACCAACAUGCAAGGGAUGUAUUGUAAAGCUCCUUCUCCUAACAUUACUCAACAUAAAUAUAUUGCACCUCAACUGUCGCCCCCUGUUCAAGAAGCACUCGUAUUCAAGUCUCGAGUCUUGGAUGUAGGUACCAUGCAUGACGUAUUGGUAUCAUGCGUGGAAGAUGGUCCACAAAAAUUUUCUGUGCAAGUUCAAAGUACGACAGAAAUACUGAGCCGACUUAUGAAAGAGAUAAAUAACCGUCCGAAAGAACCGUUGCAAGAACCACCAUUACCAGGAUCAGUUUGCCUGGGAUACACAGAGGGUAGAGUACUGUGCAGAGCAGUUGUGAUGUCCGUGAUGGAACACAAGUGCAAGCUAUAUUACGUCGAUUUCGGUCAUACAGAGGUUUUACCAUAUACAGACAUCUUUCAAUUACCACCUGAGUUUAUCAAUCCCAAAGUUCUUUCCAUUAGAUUUACAUUGAGCGGCCUAAAGGAACUGAACAUUACACAAGAGAUGAAAGACUACUUUAAAGAACUAGUGUCAAGGAAGCUGCUCUGUUUACAAGUCCGUCCACCAGAAGGACCGCCCUUGAUUCAAUACGGCGAUCUUUAUGAUAAUGGCAUUAAUAUAAAAGACAUGCUGAAAAAGGCAUUUCCAGUACCAGCUACAGUACCGAUGAUGUACUCUUAUCCGCAAUUACGCCGACUGUCAAAAGACGUUCAGGAAAUCAUACAUGUGUCGUUCGUGGAAUCGUGUAAGAAAUUUUUCGUACAACUUGAUAGUGGAACAAAAUCCCUCGAAUCAAUAAUGGCUGGUCUGUCACAGUAUGCUAAAACUUCGUCUGCUUUUAAUAUGGCACAACUGAAAGUAGGAUUACCAUGUGCUGCAUUAUACGAUUCAGAAUGGUAUCGAGCACAAAUUGUUAACAUUAGUGGAGAUAAAGUCAAAGUUGUAUAUGUUGACUAUGGAAACGAGGAGACACUGUCCAUAAUGUCGCUACGCACGAUUCACGAUGAUUUAGUGACGAAACUACCGGCACAAGCUAUAAAAUGUGCAUUGAAUGGCUAUGAAGUACUCGCACCGGAUCAGGAAAUUACCAGUCAUUUUGAACGAUUAACGCUCGAGAAACGUUUCUACAUGAAAGUUGUUGCUUCACAGCCCAAUAGCCUAUUAGUCGACUUAUUUGAGUUUGAAACAAUGAGGAGUGUUCAUCCCCAGCUAUUGAACAAUCUAUUUUGCGAUAAGACUGCAGAAAAUUCCACUAGUUCGCAAAAUGGAGAAAUUCAACAUUCUGCAAAAACAUCGAAUUUAUAUGACGUACAGAGGUGCAAUUUAUUGCAUCAUAGGUCUGGUACGAAUAUUCAAGCAAAUUUGGCUCACCGACAGAGAUUAAAACUGAAAAAUAUUAACACCGCACGCGGAGAUAAAGACAAGUAUAACAAAAAAAGUAAUGCAGAUUCUUGGAAUCGCAAUCAGAACGCCAAGUUUUCCCAAGAGAACAGACCAAAAACUUGGAGAGAAAAACAGAUUGUAAACGGUGAAUGGUCUCCAGAGAAACAAUAUGAAAACAGACGUGAGCGAACUGCUACUCAUUUCCAACGUGAUAAUUCACAAAACGAUCGUUUUGCCAAAGAGGUCAACACAAUCAAUAGAUCUGGGAGAUUGUAUAACAAAUAUGAUAAGGGCGAAAUAGAUACACCUAACAAAAGCAAUAGAGAAGCCUUCCGAAGUGACAGAAAUAGAUAUCCCACGAAUGAACCGAAAUUAUACCGUAAUAAUCCUUCUGAUAAAGUAUUUAAUGACAAGGAUUCUGAUACUUCGUCCAAAGGUAACGAUAGCCGCGGGAAAGGCAGCUUUAAUCGUAAUAGUCGAGGAGAAAGAUGUGACAACGGAAUACCCAGCAGACUGCAAACGACAAAGUGGAACGACCGAAACAACGAUAGGACUAGCUAUAAUAAAAAUGGGAGAUUUAACGGUGACUACAAUACGGGCGGUAAUAAUUUCAAAAACAAAGAAAAUUAUACAAACAAUAUCUCAUAUAAUCAGGAAGAUACUUGCGAAUUUUGGGAUACAAAAGAUGUUAAUACAGAAUCACAGAGCACAGUUAUAGCUAAUAAAGAAUCACAACUUGUGCCGAUGAAUAUUACUUUAGGCACUGUAAAGAAUUGUGAAGUAGUAUUUGUUAAUAGUCCAUCAGACUUUUUUGUUCAAUUAAAUCCUGAAUGUUUGGAAUUAGAGCCAAUUAUGAAUAGUAUUGCCGAAACUUACGAGAAAAAUGAAGAAAUGAUGCAAGCAUUUGAAAUAAAAUGUGACACAUCCUGUAUUGCUCAAUAUCAAGAAGAUCUUAAAUGGUACAGAGCGAUGAUUAAGUCUGUAGAGGGGAAUAAUGCGACUGUGAAGUUUAUCGAUUAUGGUAAUACUGAGUCGGUCGAUUUUACAAGAAUCAAAACCAUUCGAGAAGAAUUUUUGAAGCUACCAAUACAGGCGGUGCAAUGUAAAUUGCUUGGAUUAACAAAUGCGGGCGACCAGGAAGCAAUGUAUGCAACUUUCAUGCAAAAAAUUGAAGAGAAAUCAUUGGCCGUAGAAUUUAUCAGUGAAGGAAACGGAAUAUACGAAGUACUGUUGCACGAAGUCAUCGAUGGUAUAUCGAGUAAUAAUUAUAUAAAUGAAGAAUUUUGUACAAGCGCAGAUUUAACAAAGGCAAAAGAAACUGCGUUGAACAAAGUAAUACCUAAAAAAGGACAUAUAGUUCCCGAUUAUACUCCUUUCAGUUCAAAGUGGCAGACUGCUUUAUAUGAGCCCGAGUCUAAACAUAAUGUAAUUAUUACGUGGUUCAUAAAUCCCAAUAAGUUUUAUUGCCAAACGUUGCGUCAAGAAGCAGAAUUCAAAACGAUGAUGAAUGAGAUCCAAAAAACGUACGCUGGCAGAGAAUCUAUAAAACAUAAGUUAGAGAUUGGUUCACCGGUCAUCGCAAUAUUUUCCGAGGAUGGUGCUCUUUAUCGAGCGGAAGUUGUAAACAACAAUGUGCAAAAUGGACAUGUAGUCCAGUACAUAGAUUUUGGAAAUUGUGCAACCGUAAAACAGCAUAAUAUUUAUCCUGUAGAAAAGAAGUUCAUGCAAUUACCUAGAUUAGCAGCUCAGUGUACGUUGAAAGACAUUGUACCUAAGAACUUAAACUGGUCCGAAGUUAACAACGAUGCACUUGAUAACUGUUUCAAUGGUGACAAAUACGACUGCACCUUCCAUAAUUUGAACGCUGAUCGAUACACGAUUUCAUUGAACCUCAAUGGACAAGACGUAGGUAAUGCGUUGGUACAGAAAAAUCUUGCGGCUUUUGCCGAAAAACUUCAGCCAGCAAAAACAAUAACUUUAGCUGAAGCAGUUAAUGUUGUUCCAGAAACACCUAAUAUAGAAAUAACGGCGCUCAAUGAGGUAGAAAGGGUAGACAUAAGUCUCUUGAGUGGCCAAACACUCAAAAUGAAAGUUUCCAAUGUAGAAAGCAUAACUCGUUUUCAUGUCCAACUUCCGUCAGCCUCGAAAUGUGAACACCUCAUCGACGAAUACAUGGCAGAUAAGAACGCAGAGGUGAUGCCGCGACUGUCAAGCCGCGAGAUGUGUCUUGGCACGGGUUGUCUAGUCAAUGCAAAUGGAACAUGGAGGCGAGCAGUAGUGAUUAACUGUUCGCUCCUCGUCGGAUCAUUUGACAUAAAGUUCAUUGAUACCGGGGCAUACGAUGAAAUACUGGAUAACGCUCUGGCUCUACCUGGAGCACUUGCGAUUAUGCAGAAGCAAGCGCUAGAGUGCUCUCUGCAAGAUGUGCAAGCAUCUCCCGAUGCAGAUAGACAGUUGAAGGAAUUGAUUGAAGGAAAGGAUGUGCUCGUUCACGUAACAGAAGUCAACGAUAGCAGACUCAUGGUAAAGCUGUACGACCUGCAUGGCAACGGAAUAAUGAAUGCAAGUGAUAAAGUUAUCUCAACUGUGUGUCCAAUGCCUAUACUGAGUUCCACUCACAAAGUGUCCAUGUCAUGCGCUAUGAUACAGAACGAUCAUUCUGUCAAUGUUUGGCUGCAACGAUACUCCGACUAUGAGAUCGAGGCUAAAUUGUUGGCAGAUCUGCAACAAUACUACUUCAAUUCCGGACAAAGACUGAAGCCAGAAGUAAAUCUGCUGUGCGCAGUCAAAAGUACAGACGGCCGUUGGUACAGAGGAAAGAUCAUCAGCCACACCGAAACUACGGCCUAUGUCCAUUACAUCGACUAUGGCAAUACGGAGGAGAUAGCGUUGGAAUUUAUCAUGGUCUUGGAACCGCAGUUUUACGAACCCUACCAAUUAGCGAUAAACGCAACGUUAUCCGUGGCUCUUGCGGGCAUUGAAACUGAGCAAAUAAACAUAGUGCAGACUCACUUAAUGAACAAGGAAUUCACAGCUGUCUUCUACAACGUGCACAACAAGUGGAUCGUCGAUCUGAUCGAAAACGGUGAAAAACUCAGCGAUAAAUUACGUUCGUUGAAUCUGGUAAGGGAGCAAGACAUAGCUCCGCAGUCAUUUUCCCAGACGCAAGAAUCGUCGACAACCCUCAUGUUCGAUACGUACGUGUCUCAUACCGAUUCCCCGAGUCAAUUCUGGUUACAACAAGUAAACGAGAACGCAGUCUUGGGCGAACUUCAAGACAAACUUCAACUAGAGGUUCUCAAUUUCCCGGCGGUGGACGAUAUACCAGAAGAAGGCACCUUAUGCGUUGCUAUUUAUUCAUUCGAUGAUCGCUGGUAUCGCGCCGAGGUGUUAGAUGCGGAUGAGGACAUCACAACGGUCCGAUUCAUAGACUAUGGCAAUACCGAUGUCAUCGACAAAGCCGGCCACAUUAGACAGAUGCCGGAUACUUGGAAAAAUAUAAAGAGAUACGCAGUCAAGUGUAAACUCGAUGUCAUUCCCAUAGGUACGGAAGAUUGGGACCAAACGACCUGCAACAGAUUCGGGGAACUGGUAAUGUCAGUUGAUGUUCUUCAAGCUAAGAUAGUAGCGGACACCGUGCCGAACCGUGUAGAGCUUUUUAUAAACAACAAGAGCGUCAGCGAGACAUUGGUCGAAGAGGGACUCGCUGUCAUAGUUAGUUCUGAGCAAGCCGAACUUGUGGACGAGGAAAUUGUUGACAUCGAACUGGACCCACAUUCCGCCUUCGUGUGCCACAUCAAUUCUCCAAGUGAAUUCUGGGUACAAGAGGAAAAAUCAGUUGCUGAUCUAGAAGUGAUGACUGAUAGAUUCAUGGUGGCGGAUAUGUUCCCAAGAAUUGACAUCGUGAAGGAGGAUUUACUGUGUGUUGCCAAGUAUCCCGAGGAUUCACAAUGGUAUAGAGCGCGUGUACUAUCUCACGUCGACAAAGGCACGACUCAAGUCAUAUAUAUAGAUUAUGGAAAUUCCUCCAAGUCUACGGAAAUUCGCGCUCUUCCAGAAGAUCUAGCAGAUGUGCCGCCUUUGUCACGAAAAUGCUGCCUAGAACUACCAUCACACGUAAAGGAGUGGUCGGAGGAAGCUUGCAACAAAUUCAUAGGAUUAGCAGCGGAUGGUGCGACAAUUUUCAUCCUGGACGUGUUGAAAGAGCAAGAGACAUCAAUGGUGAAACUGACGCUGGACAACCAAAACGUGACCGAUAUUCUGGCGAGUUUGUGCGAGCAACAUCUGCCAGUCAUUGAGGAGAGACUGCCGCCGCUCGGCGAAGAGAACUCGCCGAACGUGGUGGUCAGUCAUAUUAACAGCCCAGACGAAUUCUGGAUCCAAGCAGAGAGCAGCAUAAGCGAACUGGAGGUGAUGUCGGAUCGUUUACGAGACGCACAAAGUUUCGUUACGCUGAAUACCUUUGACGUCGGUACGGUUUGCGCUGCUUUAUAUCCUGAAGAUGAAUAUUGGUACAGAGCAAAAAUACUCGCGCAUCACGAAGAGGGCAUGGAAGUUCUUUACAUGGACUACGGUAAUUCUGCAGUUACGAAGGAGCUAAGAGUACUGCCACAGGAUAUUGUUAAUAUUCCCACUCUGUCGAAACGAUGUGCUCUGGAGAAACCGCACCACAUAGCAGUAUGGAGCAAGCAAGCUUGCGACAAGUUUAAAGAACUUGCCGCUGAAGGGGCUACAAUGUUCCAGUUUGAAACUCUCGACGAGAAUGACCCGAUGCAUGUACGAUUGAAUUUGAAUGGGACGAAUGUCGUCGAGUUUUUACAAAUCGAAUGCGAGGACAUUACGCAAGUUGAAAAAGUAAUUGAUGAAGACGUCGAAGUGAUUGAAGAAACUAAAGAUACUACUUCCACUACAGAGAAACAACUUAAGGUUGUCGCUGAUGAAACAGUUGUCCAGCAGGAUCAUCCGAAUGAAGAGAUUUCAGAUUUUGAGCAGAAGUUAGAGAAAUUGAUUGACGAAGAAGUAAUUAAUAAAUCAUUUGGUGACUCCAAUACAGGUAAUGAAUUUAUCGAAGACCAACAAGGAUACAUAAUGUAUUCUAACGAAAUUGGAAAACUCGACGAAGAAUCUGAAGUUGUGGCACCUAAGCAUAUUACAGAAGUGAGCGAAGUAUCAGAAGACCUCGGUACUACAAACGCAACAUGUCUUAUGCCCGUUGUAACGGAACUUAGCGUCGAUGAUAUCAUUGGGAAUAUGGUAAGGGAUAUUACUGAGGAAUCGGAUUCGCAAGAAAUUAAUGAUAUAAGCUUGCAAAUCAUCAACGAACCACAGUCUGAUGUUCAAGAUGAGGUUCAUCGGGUUCAAGGUGAAGUUCAUCAAAUUCGAGAUGAGGUUCAUCAGAUUCAAGAUGAUGAAAUUCAUGAACAACAAAAGCAUGUUAUUCAAAUACAAGAUAUAAAUAUAAGUGAACCGUCAGAUUUAUCAAAUGCCAAUAAAAAACAGUUGCAGAAUGCCACUGAAGAUGAUGCUAACGAAGAAGAAAAAUUACAUUCUCAAGUACAAUCUGAUACAUUAUUUGUAGAGCAGACAACUAUAAAUGAAAGGAUAUCGAUUGAUACAACGGGAGAUGUCACCGAGGAUGCAGAUUCGAAAGAAAUUUUAUCGAUAACGAACGGAUCACAGGAUAUCGUGCAACUUGACGCUAAUCAAAUCAAGGAAGAAAAAGAACAGUCUGAGACAAAGCCUAAUAUAAACGAGCCUUUAGAACAGCAAAACUUGAAUACAAUAUUUGACGAUGUUCGUAACAACGUCCGGUGUUUAUCGAAGGAACAUAUAAAUCUCACUAAGGAACUUCAAGAACAAAGUUCGACUGAGAAUGAGACUGUAUACAAAAACACAACCAAGGAUGACAAUUUACAAAUUAUAUUAAAGAGCGCAAGUACAGAUCUGGAUGCUUCCUCAAAAUCCACAGGCAUGGCAGCAAUGAUGCCACUGCCGUCCGUAACCAAGACUGAUCUGAUCGAGCAACGUAGGUCUUUAGGUUCGAGGAGACGAUCCGAAGAUAAGAUAGUACCUGGCUGCAUCUCCAGAGGCGAAUCACCGGAUGCGGAAGCGGCAACGUAUUCUCUCACACCAAAGACGUCAGAAAAGCUAACAACUAGUGUUGCAAACAUCUUGCAACCGGUGGCCGACUCCGUACAGGAGGAGGACAGUGAAAUACUUACCGUUCCCGUAGAAAAUAACAUUCCUUAAUACGCGGUAUAACUUCAUUAUAUAAAUAUAUAUAUAUAUAGUAUACAUAUUGCAAAUUUACGUAAAUAUAACGUAAAUCUGCGAUAUACGAAAGUGUGUUUCUCCGAUAAGUAAUAAAUAAAUAAAUAAGUAAAUAAAUAAAUAAGUAAACAUUACACAUUCUUCAACAAGUUAUCUUCAUUUCAUAUUUCUUUAUGUUUGCAUAGAGAUGUAUUUAUACGCGAGAGUAUAAUGAUAAUACUGUUAUUUUGUUUUUCUUUCAUAUUCCUUUUCUUUUACAAGUCGCGUUUCUUAUGUUGCUACACCAAUGCACUCUGAUGCCAUCAGAUAUUGAACCAAAGAUUAACUCACUUGGCUGAUAAAUCGUUGUUUACGUUGUUCUUACGUUACAACAUAAUACUCGUUAAUGAUAUCAUGGGACCGUAUUCCUAUAACUCUUAAUCUUAAGUUGCUAUUUAACAAUAAAUAUUUAAAUUAA